CAAAAAAAGAAAAAGAAAGGCUGGCGAUCUGACUUGGUUGUGUGGAGCGAGUCCGUUUUGGCUCUCCACCACUAUUCCCAAAUCUUCUUCUGGAGCCAGUAGUUUUGGCUAGUCCCACUCCAACGGCGAGCGGGCCACAAGAAAUUAAAGAACCAGAGCCCUGUCGUCGUCUUCCCCUUCCUUCCUUCCUUGCUUGUUCCACCACCAUCUCUCCCUAUUCCCUAACCCAGUUCAUAAGCAAGCUGAUGGCAAAUUAAGGAAAGGCGAAGAAGAAGAAGAACUAGAGUAGAACCUCCAUCGACAGAGGAUCGAUCGGAUCAGAUCAGAUCGGAGGCCAUAUAUACUUGUACAUUCGGACACAGUAUCCAACUCAACUCUUUGGUGGCCAUUGAAGACCACCAUACUACACUAGCGCUGGUAUCUGUGCAUGGCUCGCAUUCAGUGCUGUGGAUGAGGUUGGCAUCAUCAUCAUCAUCUUCUUCUUCUUCUUCCUAAUCCUAUGCGGCCGCCUCGCCUACUUGGCUAUUUCUAGUGGCGGCAGCAAAGCUGCUUAUAUAGGCGGCAGUCAUCGCCGUCUUAAUUGACUAAAAGGGAAGAGAACAGCAGAAGAGAAGAGAGGCUCAGCUCCUGGGCUUGAAGAGGGAGGGAGGGAGGAUGGAGAGCAGCAACCUUGAGGUCUUCCUGGAGGCCGCCACUCCACAGUUGCCAUGGCGGUCGGCUCCCAUGGACUGUUUCCAAGGACCAAACAAUGUUUGGCAACUGGAGAAGAAAGAUGUGGUGGACUACUUCAGCCUUGAGGAUCUGUGGGAGCAUUAUUCUGAGAGCAGCGCGUAUGGCCUCGGUGUUCCUGUCCGUCUGGGAAAUGGCAAGUUCAUCACCCAACAUUUUGUUCCCUACUUAUCGGCUAUUCAGAUAUACACCAGCAAGACACUACUUGCUGCUGUCCCCAGCAUGGGGGCGAGUGAUGAGAGUGAUUCUUGGAGUGACGAUGACAGCGCUGCCGAUAAGCUCUCUAGGUCUUGGGAUGCCGCGUCAGAUGACUCGGAUUCUGGUGUUCCUGCAACUGCAAAGCAAGGUGGACACUUGAAUUUCCAGUACAGCGAAUGGGAUCCACCCUAUCAGAGGAUUCCUCUUGCCGAUAAGGUGGCAGAGCUGGCUCAGGAUUAUCCCUACUUGACAUCGCUCAAGAGUGCACAACUGUCACCUUCCAGCUGGCUAUCUGUAGCAUGGUAUCCUAUUUAUCACAUCCCAUAUCAUGGGAACCUGAAGGGGACUUGUGCAUGUUUUCUGACCUAUCAUUCCAUCUCCUCGGUGUUUCAAGAUUAUAUGCCAUUCCGGCGUCAGCAGGAGGAGCGUGGCUGUUUCGCCGUUCGGGCUGGCCACGUACAGGAUGCACCAAGAAGGGAAGCAGCUUUGGACAUCAGAGACCAGCAGCAGCAGGUUAUCCGAUCAUCUCUACGGGGCGGCAUCUUCCUGGCUGAAGCAAGUCGGAGCACACCAUCCGGACUUCAACUUCUUCACGUCUCGAUCACAACUCCCCCAUCAUCAGAUUGCAUUAUUGUAACUACUACUACUGCUACUACUAGUAGAUUAUAUGAGGGGGAUUCUGUGUAGCUAGCUAGCUAGCAGUACGCCCAGACAAUAAUAUAUAUGAUCAGAGCGCUACUAGUUUUCUUUCAGUGUUUCUUUUCCUUAAUUUGUUGUGAAUUGUGACACAGAAACGGCAGCUUGCCAUGAAGUAAAAUCUCCGAUUUUCUUUCGAAAA